AUGAGUGAAACAAACCCAGUAGUGAGAGGUGCCGUUGGUGUACAUGAACUUGCACCACUCUGUUCUCACGUUUGUUUGCCAGGGGAAUCGGUGCUACUGCUGGAACCCACGGCUGUCGUGACCCUUGGUAGUGGUCUUCAUCCACUCCAACAAGAUGGCAGUGAUGACCGUAAGGAGAGUUUUGAAGCCUCAGGUGAAGAAGGAAGCACUGUUGUGGUUUCCGAGUUUUGUGGACCUGUGUUGCGCACCGCGGGGCCAAAUCACACACAGCUAUACAAACUCAAUGGACCGGCGGCACGUCGCUACAUGUACGCAGCCAGGGACCCCGUAGUGGCAAUUGUAAUGAAGAAGAACGCGAGUUAUUACUCGUGCUAUACUGGUGCUGCAUCGUUGGCUGUGCUUGACGCUCUUGGCUUUGAUGGUGCCACGAAAACAAACAAACCUCGAUUACAAGAGGGUGACGUUGUUUAUGCCUUUGUGAAAGGGAACGCUGAUGCCUCAUCCCUUGAUACAAAGUUUGAUGAUGGUCGUGUGGUGGUUUCCUCCAGUGACGAGGUGGAACUAAGUUGCAUGGCUGCUGAGGUCGGUUUAGUGGCGCGGGACUGGACCUCAGCAGAGGCAGUCUUUGGCCCGCUUGUGGGUGGCACAGUUGUUCGUGUCGCGUUACCUUAUGCGCGCAGUCUUAUCGACGGCCCUGCUUCGCGGUUGCUUGCACUGUUGGGAGAUCGCGUGCCGUACGAUGUGUGUGUUGGAGUCAACGGUCUCGUCUGGGUGCGAGGACAUCCCAGUGCUGCUGACCCCACGGCAGCCGCCCGCCGUACUGUUGCUGUGGCGGCGUGUGUAGUUGAGGCGCAGGAUGCCGCGACACUGGAGGAGAUGGAAGCCCACGUACGCGGUUAUUUUCCCAAGGAGUAA